UGUUGUACACUAGAGCCCCAUAAAGGGUCCUUGUUUGGCUUUGUGUCUCGCCUCCACGCGUUAAUGAUUCGCCACACCACACCGGAAAACGAACUGAAACUCGCACUCGCCUUCUUUGUUCACUUCAGCGCCGGAUAGGAUCGCCUUCGUUCAUGCGCGCUACCUCUCCAAGCAAUGACGAUUAGGGUUUUCUUCAUUAUCGCUCUCCUCCUCCUCUCCUCUCCCUUCUCCCAAGUUGCUCAGUGUCAGUCGGAUUCGGAUACUGAAGCUGCCGAAGAAAGCAGUGAUGUUGGUAUUAUUAGUGAGGAUGUCCAAGAGUUUGGCAGUGGGAGCUUCAAUUCAGCUCCAGGAGUGGAAACAAUUUGUGUUUUCCCAAAGAAUCCUUCAAGAUUGGUGGUUGCAGGGGAAGAGAGUGAACUUCUCGUUGGAAUGAAAAAUGAGGGGGAAUCGAGUGUUAAUGUCAUAGCAAUUAAGGCCAGUGUUAAUUAUCCUUUUGAUCAUCGUAUGCUGAUUCAAAAUCUUUCUUCACAGGCGUUUAACAACGCAUCAGUUCCUCCUUCAGGUCAGGCUGCUUUCCCAUACAUAUUUUCUGUCAGCAAAUUUUUGCAGGCGGGAACAUUUGAUCUUGUGGGCACCAUUUUUUAUGAUAUAGAUCAGAAUCCAUACCAAAGUACGUUCUACAAUGGUACCAUUGAAGUUAGUGAGGCUGGUAGUCUUGGCAUUGAGUCUAUUAUCCUGUUCGUCCUUGGAAUCACUCUUGUAGCCCUUCUUGGGUUGUGGAUACGAAGUCAGAUACAGCAUCUUUCCAAGAAAGCUAAGAGGGCGCCGAAGGUAGAAGUUGGAACUAGGACCACUGAUUCCUCGAUGGAUGAAUGGCUCCAGGGAACUGCGUAUACUCAGUCAGUGUCCAUAAAAUCGAAGAAGAAGAAGUAGGUCCGAUGCUCUCCUAGUUUAAUUGCACAAAUUCCGGAGACUUUAACAAUGUCCAAGGGGUGAAGUGGUUUUGUUUUUGAACAAACCCAUACCAGAAAAGACUUUACUCUGUUGUAGCUUGAGGAUGAAACUUCUACAUUUCAUUUUCUUGGAGAUUAUGAAAGUGGAGCCAUCCUUCAAAGCGGAAACUAACAGAGAUGUGGGGUAGGAAAAAUUACAUUUUUGUUCAGGUGUAAGAGUUUUUCUCCUAGUAGACACUGACUCUCUUUUUCAAUUCAAUUAUUCUUGGUAUGUUCUCUGAAUGAUGAGCUGUGGAGUUUGCGAGAGAUUAAAAUAUAUUGUUGGGUGAUUUUCUUGGCAGUUUAAGUUUUGGGAUAAUUGAUGUUCUAAGAUAGGACAAGUUUUUUAUAUAUACCAUUGGUCAAUUCUUUAAUGGGGUAAGGUUUUGGAGAUAUUGCUA